AUGCCAUGGGCGUUCACUGCAUUGUUCUAUCAGCUAGUGAUCCAGAAAUCCGAUAACUGGGAACGGGCGAAGGGAAGAAUAAAGCCAAAGGCUACAGGAGCACACAACAUUUUUAUACGGAGUUUACAGAGGCUCAAGAUGUCUGUCAAUCUGCAAGACACACUCGACGAGUGCAAAACUAGAUUUAAGAAGUUUUUUACCAACGAUGUAAUGGGCGCGAUAGUAACCCUAAGGGCGUGGUCACAUACGUCACAGUACCACAGGACGCAUGUGGACGAAUUCGACUUCCACUAUCCGCCAAUAAUACCCUUGGAUAAGGACGAUAUUGAAGAUGUGCUUUUGGCACUUCGUUCCUCGCGCAAGCUCUACAACGACGAGACCAACUACGACGCCAUGGCCGCCCAGCAUCUUUUCGGUGCCCAAGAGCUGGUCGGACUCCUGCAAGCGACUAACAUCAUCUACACCAACUACAAUAAGUACAUGAAAUGCACCGAAGUAUUGGAAAAGUUGAUUUGUUACAACUAUAGCAAAUACAGUGUCUUCCUUAUCAAAACAUUUUUCUACCUUGGAAAGUUCAGCGCGUUGGGCACCAUAAUGCCCAUUUGCCUCUAUAAAAUACUCGAAGCCAUGCCCUAUUGGCGUCACAAGAUUUAUCGUGAAAGUGGUUGGAUAAUCCUAUCAGAGCCCCGAUUGAGAAUUCUGCGUGACCACUGCGCUUUUGCAGCUGCUAUGUAUCGCCACGCCAGCCACUUGCCGGACCAUUUGCACCACGUGCAACAAAUAUGCUCUUGGGAGAUUAUGUGGUCGAACGCAUCCGCACCGCUGUUUUCGAAAAAAAUCGCUGGCAGAUCUCUAGCGUACCACAGGAGGGGCACCGAAGAAGUGGCCUACUUCGAAAUCUUCAGCACCCGACUGAUGGUAUCAUCAGUUGAACUAUUGAGCCUGUGGAACGUGGUUUCAGCUCUGUCGGGUGACCCUCGAGCCAACAAUAUCUUGAUAAGGCUGAUCGAGAACAUUUGCCUGCGCCUCCAUCAUCAGAUGCCCUAUGCAAGUCCAUCUUGCCUCGAUGUGGACUAUAGAAUUCUACUCUCUUAUAUAUACGGCUGCUGCCUCGCAGCCGUGGGAAAGCAUCGCCUGGCGCUAGCCCCCUUAUAUCAAGUAACCAAAUUUAAACGCAUGCUAAGGGUGGACAAUUUUCUUGUACCGUACUCUUUGGCAGAGGCCGCCAUGUGCUAUAACGCACUAGGCAACAAGCCGCGCGCGCUACGCAUUCUAAGAUUUGCAGGGAAAAAAUACAACAAUUUCACGGUCGAGUUUGACAUGAUGUACCAAGCGUACAUGAAGGUACUGUAUGACGACCCCGGACAUCCAGUGCAA